AGAAACUCUGCCCCGAGUGAGAGGAGGAAUGGAUGGAGACUGCGGGAAGGACAUGAAGCCGCUCCUGGUCUGUGUGGCUCUGAUUUGCUUCGGCUCCGUCUGUCCCUACAACAUUGACCUGGACCAUCCCGUCGUGUUCCGGGGAACUAACGGGACUUUCUUCGGCUAUUCGGUGCUGCAGCAUUUCCACGACAACACGCGCUGGGUGCUGGUGGGAGCUCCCAAUGCUGAAUCUACCUACAGCAGGUCCAUGCGCUCCCCAGGAGCUGUGUUUAAAUGUCGAAUUCACAGUAACCCUGAAAGAAGGUGCACAGAGCUGGAUCUGGGACGAGGUAAUCAACGAGAAAAGUCUUGUGGUAAAACGUGUAAGGAGGACAGGGACAAUGAGUGGAUGGGUGUGAGUCUGUCCCGACAGCAAGGAGGCAGCGGCAGUAUCCUGGCGUGUGCACACCGUUGGAAGAAUAUCCACUAUCAGUCUGAACAUAUCCUGCCUCAUGGAGCCUGCUACAUCAUCCCACCCAAUCUGUACCAGAAUACAAAAGAGCUGCUCCCCUGUUAUCAAGAAUAUAAGAAGACAUACGGUGAGGAGCAUGGUUCAUGUCAGGCUGGGAUAGCUGGCCACUUUGUAGAGGAUCUGGUAGUGAUGGGGGCACCUGGGUCCUAUUACUGGACUGGCACAGUCAAGGUCUACAACCUGAAAGACAAGAAGUAUUACAACUUUAAGGAUUCGACCGCAGGUUCCACUCGCUACCGCUAUCUAGGAUUUGCAGUGGCCACAGGCCAUUUCACACACCCCAGCUCCCUGGAGAUUGUAGGAGGAGCACCACGUGAUGCGGAUUCUGGAAAGGUUUAUAUAUUUAAGAUCGACCAAGACAAAUUAACGGCGAUUCGCAUCAUUCCAGGGAAAAAGAUGGGCUCUUACUUUGGAUCAUCAUUGUGUGCGGUUGAUUUGAACUCCGAUGGCUAUACUGAUCUUCUGGUUGGAGCCCCCAUGUUCACGAAAAUAAGAGAUGAAGGCCAGGUGACUGUGUUCAUCAACAGGGGUAAUGCAGUGUUGGAGGAAAAGCAGCUUCUGCUGGGUGAUAGCCUGUACAAUGCUCACUUUGGAGAGAGCAUCGCAUCGCUGGGGGAUAUUGACGACGACGGAUUCCCAGAUGUUGCAAUUGGAGCACCCAAUGAGAAUGACUACGUCGGAGCUGUUUACAUCUACCAUGGUGAUGCCGACGGAAUAGUCUCCACAUAUUCAAUGAGGCUGUCUGGGAAGAUGAUCAGUCCAUUGUUGCGAAUGUUUGGCCAAUCAAUCUCAGGAGGAGUGGACAUGGAUGGAAAUGCUUAUCCAGAUCUUACUAUUGGUGCCUUUAUGUCGGACAACGUGGUUCUAUUGAGAGCCCGUCCAGUUAUCACCGUGGAGAUCACCAUUCUCCUUCCCGAGUCCCUUAACAUCACAGCCCCGCAGUGUCAUGAUGGUUUCCAGCCAGUCACCUGUCUAAAUGUCUCAACGUGUUUCCGUUUUCAUGGCAAGGAAGUCCCAGGUGAAAUAGAGUUGAUUUACAAUCUGACGGCAGACACGGUGAAGAAGGAGAGAGGCCUGCAGUCCAGGGUUUACAUCUCUGCCAGUGAGCCAGUCAGCCAGGUCACCGAGAAGAUCGAGCUUUCAUCCAAAAAGGAGAGAUGUGAGCGCUACUUCGUCAUUGUCAAGAGGGAGGUGAAGGAUGUUAUUUCGCCUAUUGUGUUUGAAGUGACGUACAGCCUGGGCAAGCACAUAAUUGGUGGGAAAGAUGACAAAGAACUACCGGCUCUAAAACCAAUCCUGCGCUGGAAGAAAGGCCAUAAACUGGCUCAACGGAACCAGACUGUAUUUGAGAGGAACUGUUUGUCUGAUGACUGUGCUGCUGAUCUGGGACUUCAUGGAAAGCUACUAUUAUCCAGUUCUAUGGAGCAUAAGCCUUUCCUGGCACUGGGGGCUGUGAAGAACAUCUCUGUCAACAUCACCAUUCGAAAUGCAGGCGAUGACGCAUACGACACCAAUGUUUUCUUUAACUUCUCUCAGGAGCUAUUCUUCAUCAAAAUGUGGCAGAAGGAAGAAAAGGGCACGUCCUGUGAACUGCUCGAGUCGGACUUCCUCAAGUGCAGUGUGGGAUUUCCUUUCAUGAGAUCCCAGUCUAAGUAUGAAUUCAGUGUAAUAUUCGACACGAGUCAUCUGAUUGGUGAUCAGGAGAGUUUGGAUUUCAUAGUCUCCACACAAAGUGGGAAUGUGGAACGCAAUGAAUCUCUCCAUGACAACACCCUAUACCUCACCAUGCCUCUGAAACAUGAAGUGGACACAGCUAUUACAGGAUCAAUUUCUCCAACGUCCUUCAUUUACGGUUCGACGGUGGAUGUGUCGAAAUUUAUUCAAAUGGAAGACUGCCUUUUUCAGCCACUCAACUUCACCUUUCAGGUUAUAAAUAUGGGUCCAAGCAGUGUCCCAGAACUUCUCGUCCAAAUUAUGAUUCCAAGCAAGCUUUCGGCGAGUGGAGCUGACAUGUUCCUGAUCCAAGAGACAGUGAUCGGACAUGAGGGAGGCAACUGUACCUUUCACCGAAACCCCCAGCCCUGCUUCAUACCUCAGGACAGGGAGAACAUCUUCCACACAAUUUUUGCUUUCUUCACUAAGUCUGGCAGGAAAAUAGUGGACUGUGACAGGUCUGGUCGACCUUGUCAGAUCAUCAAGUGUAAACUAAACUCGAUAGCAAAGGAAGAAACCAGGAAUAUUGAUGUGCGCUUACUACUCAACACUGAAAUACUCAAAAAGGACAGCGCAUCAGUUAUCCAGUUUGUCACUAGAGCAAAAGGAACAGUGUCAUCAGACCGUAGGACGGUGGAGGUGGCAGGGGGACUUCCAGAAGAUUCUACAGUGGUGUUUGAGGCAUUGCACAAUCUGGAGCCCCGUGGUUAUGUUGUGGGAUGGAUCAUUGCCAUUAGCCUUUUUGUGGGAAUUCUCAUUUUUCUGCUGCUCGCUGUCCUGCUAUGGAAGCUUGGCUUCUUUCGCCGAAAGUACAAAGAAAUCAUUGAAGCUGAGAAGAACAGGAAGGACAGUGAAGAGAGUUGGAACUGGGUCCAAAAAGACCAGUGAGCUGCCAGAUGGGUCACCUGCUACACAUCAGACAGUGGAUUGCUCCUUCUCCAGAAUCUUCCAUAUGUGGAAGAGAGAAACCUUCUCCAGAUUUUCCGGAGACCUGAUAAUUCUGUAUUUGCGUAAUUCUACAGCUGGGAAGCAUUCCUGAGGCUGGCAAUGCAGAUGGGAGACCUGUCAGUGAGGCUUAGACUUCCUUUAAAAUAAAACGUUCAACGUCAGAAAACAAAGUGCUGGUGGAGAAGAACAGAGACUAGGAACGGAAGAGAUCGAGAUUUACAGCAAUACAGCCCUCAGGGGACUGAGUUCUCUUUACAUGCGCUUGCCAAAGAGAAACAAAUAUUUUUAUAUAAGAAGUCUGUCCGAAUGAUUAUGCCUUUAUAUUUUUAUCCAAAUGUAGUGUACUCUUGAUUCAGUUCUAUAACACACUGACUGCACUGAUGUCUGGCUCAGAGCCUGAGCGAUGAGAAGUUGAAGAAGAAGUUAUUUUAUCUGAAGGUCAUUGCGGUUACAUCAGCUGUUGUGUUGAAAAUGUACGACCACAUGCCGAGACAUGCAAGCCUUUUUAAGUACUGUAUUUCCUUUGCACUUGCAGGGAGCAAACCUGUUUUCCAUCAUCUUAUGGCAGUAACAUCCUUCUUCCAUCAAAUAGCCACGGUGUGUAUUUAACAUAAAAUGAAACACACAGAUUGCAAAGAAAUCAGAUAAAAAUUGGUUUGCCUAUGAUUUGUAAAAGGAGAGGAUUCCCAGUACACAACAAAACUGAGCAAUUGAAGGGACAUAAUUGGCUUUGAGCGAGAUGUGCUGUACCUGCACUUUGUAUAUGUAAUCUGACUACCAAGAUUGGUGGCCAUUUAUACCCUAGUAGUUCACUUUUUAAUGUCAUUCAUAUUUUUCUUUAAGAUAGAGCUUUCUUGAUGGUAUAAAGAGCAUUCCUGUACCCUUGUGCUGUGAAAAAGCACAACAGUCAGUGCUCCUCUCAAGAAUAGUGACGACUUAAAUGAGUGAAACUAUUAUAGCAUCACUUGACUAGUAUAAGGCUCUUUCCUGUAGUGAGGUACUGUACAAAUCAUUCACUCCGAUAUAUCACACUGUAUUGCAAGAGGCAUUGGUAAAGCAAUAGCUGAAAUAUCUGUGCAAAUCUGUUAAGAAUUGAGUCCACAGGGAACUUCAUUUCCCUGUUUUUUUAAAUAAAAAUAUUGUUGUUCGAAAAAAUAACCAUAAAAUUCUUUGGGG